GCUGCUACACCACCUCUCCCCACUACACCACCGUCAACCCCCUUUGAAGCAAUAUUCUCUGAUUUCUUUGACUAUGGAGGACGCCAUUACUUAGUGGUAGGCGACCGCCUGUCCGGCUGGGUAGAGGUGCUGAGCUCAACAGCAGGUACCAACCUCGGCGGAUCGGUGGGCCUCGUUCUUUGCAACGUUUGGGGUACCAGAGGAGCUCUCAAGCGACGGUGGCCCAGAGUUUAUGGCAAGACAUACUGA